AUGGAGCGUCGCGAGCUCAUCUCACAGCUCAAGCGCCGAUCCCCUAAAGUUGACAAGGAAGUUCUGGCAGAGAAGUUGCUGUUUCCGAACGGGACAUUGACCAGCAACAUGCAGGACAUCAUGCUGGGAAUCUCUGGUUUCAAAGAUGCCGGGGCAUGGUAUGCUGCCAUACGUAUUCUUGCGAUCAUGGGCUUGGAAGAGCUGGAGGUGGACAUGCCCCUCGUGAACUGCGUGAUAUCAGCAUGCAAGAAUCGUGGCCACCAGCUGGCCCGGAAGAUCAUGUCGAACUUUGUGGCAUCUGCCCUCCAGCCAGACUCCAAUACAUUUCGCUGCGGUGCACUUUGCUGCACAGAGGACCAGUGGUCAAAGGCUCUUCAGUGGUUGGGUGAAGCCAAGAAAGCGGAAGUUCCGUUGGCCGGAGUUUACACGGCUGUGAUGAGCGUAGCUCGGAGAGCACGGUGCUGGCAUGUAGCGCUCCCUUUGCUGGAAGACAUGCAGCAAUCACACGAGGCGCCGGACCGAAAAUUCUUCAACUCGGCCCUCUGGUCCUGCAGUCGAGGACACUGGGAGGUUUCCAUUCAGUUGCUGCAUCGCAUGGCAUCCGACGGAGUGCCCAGCGAGCCGUUUACCUACUUUGCGGCUGCACAGGAGCAUCCUGAUCAAGCCACGGCUUCCUGCAUGGUGCAGCAGCUGCGGCGCAUGCGCCGGCAUUCGUUGCAAGUUGACAUCUGCCAAUUUGCAAAAAUGUUGGCCCACUAUGCAAGUGAUGCCGAAUGGCCUGUUUUGCGGGAGGCGGUACUCGAAGAUGGAGGCUUCCUGCUGCCGUUGAGACGGCGCUUGAUGCACACCUUUGCUGAAGAUAUCAGCUGGUACCAAGCACAUGCACGUGCCAGCAAGGAGCUGACCAGGCGGAUUCUUUGUCUGGUCCGGUCACGACUUGUUGUAACCUCUCGCCCGAAACCAUAUCAGUUUUUUUCCGCUGCUUCGGCCGAGUCUUUGGCUUGUGCGAUACAGGCAGUGGCUGGGUUUGUUCCCGGAGACGCAGUACGAGAACUGGAGAAGAUUGCGAAAAAAACUGAAGAUCUCGGCUUGAGUGGACUAGACCACAAGACUCAGACAAGCGCCCACAGUAAACGUGGCGAUUGUCAUGUCAUGCUGUGCUCGUGCUCACAUACGAACCACGGAACAGCCAAUUCUUGCGAACUCAGGAAGCUUCGUCGCCCCGAUCCGUUGGACUAUUCUAAUUUGGGUGCCCAUGCUGGAUACAUCCGAAACAAAGUCUUCGAGAAAGAUCGCUGCGCCCAAGUUGCCUGCGUGCUCUUCGGGCCGGAGGCUGUCACGCAUGGCCUCACAGAGAAGGAGUCUUGCGUCGUGGUGGACAUUGGUGGAGGUCCUGGGAUAGCAGCACUAGGAAUAGCUGUCUAUGCAGGGCUGCAAGGGUGGCCAGUGCACCUGGAGCAUCAUGUCAUCGACUGCGAAGAUGCUUGGUCCCAGACCAUUCUUCGACUUCAAGAAGUGCUACAGCAUUGGCAUUCUGAAGCUGACAGGCCGCGGACGGACCUGUACUUCCAUCAAGGUCAGCUGCUGAGCAAGAAGUUGGUGACGGGAGUGCCAUCUCCUGAAGACACUGACGUCUUCCUUUUUUCUUACGUAUUGCACGAGAAUGUGGAAGCUCUCCGUUCGAGAAACUUUGGGCUGCUGUCAACUUUGCUUCAGGCGGCGCGGCCGGGUGCCAUCUUCCUUUUCCUGGACGUCGAGGAUACGCUCUGGUCCGAAAUUGCUGCUCUGGCAGCUUCCCUUGGGAGGUUUAUGGUGCAGCUGCAGCAAUUUCGGAAAGAUGACUACUGGCUGAUACUGCAAAAUGCCUGCUGCGUGUGGGCUGCCCUGCUUACCUUCAAGCAAGCCAGCAGCUUGCUACCCACGUGCCCUUUCACACACGAGAUGGUUUUAGACGGCACAGCCGAUACGGGCAGUCAGAAGGAUGGCAAGUCCUCAAAGCCUGACCCAAAGGUUGAGGCCAGCAAGGCUGCCGAGAAAGCAGACGAUCCGAAAGCAAAGCUGGCGGAGGAAGCCAGACAGAAGUACGCAGACGACGAGCGGGAUGAAUUGGCUCGGGUCGAACUGCGCAAGCUCAAUCGAGCAGCGAAGGCUUCGGGCUCGCAGAUGACAGGGAACAGAGACAAGAGCAUCGCGCGUGUCACGCGAUUCCAGAACAGGUUGAAGCUUUUCAAGGGCGAAGUGGAGGUCGACGCCGUCAUGAAAGACAUUGAUGGUGUGGACGCGUCCAAAUAUGUGUCAGAGCUGACAGAGUGCAUCCUGGAAGCCGCUGGCAACUCUUUGAAGCUCAAGGAGUUGAGCUCUGUCAGCAAGAUCUGCAGCAGGCUCAAUGCGACAUACGAAGAGUUUGGAAAUCUGCUGGGUAGAGGCCUCCUCAAGGCCUUCGGCUCCACACCUGCAUCAGAGCUUAACCGGAGACGGUUUUUGCUUCGAAUGUGUGCGGAGCUGUCCCUCAUAGAGUGCGUACAAGCUGCGAAGCCGCCACUAGUGGAGAUGUUUACAGAGUUGUGCGAUAUCUCUGUUCCAGAGGAACAGCUGGUGACGAACUUCACCAUCAUCUCCUCGCUCGCGCAGAAACACGCAGUCAGCUGUUUCAACAUCGUCCCGACAAAGCAGCAAGCCUAUGCAGAGGUGUUGGGAAAGGACUGGCCGGAACGGCAAUGUGUCUUGGAAGAGGCAUCCCGCAGCAAGCUUCAACAACUUGCCGUAAAUGCAUAUCAGUCAGCUGCUGGGGGCCUCCUCAGAAGUGCACACAGCAGAUUACUAGAGCAGGAGAAAACAAACCAAGCCCUGCGCGUGGACAAGGGCCAGGUGGAUGCUGAAAACGAGCAGAAGCAUACCCAGCUCAAGGAGGCUUUGCAGAAGAUAGAGUCGACGCUCACGACCUUGUCUGACUUCCUGAGCCAGCCAAUGCCAACCACUGUGGAAGAAGAGGAGCCCAAUGUGUCACGCGUUGGAGCUGGUGAGAACUCCAAGGAAGAAGCGCCGGAAGAAGAAGAGGUCCUAAUCUUCGAGGAUUCAGAACAGCGAAAAUUCUACGAAGAUGUGGUCGACUUGAAGGACAUCAUCCCCGCGGUGUUGCUGACCUCUGGCAAGGCAGCUCAGGAUACUACGGGAGAUGACAAGGAAAGCAAGCCGGAGAAACCGCCCGAAGAGAAAGAAAAGAAGGAUUUGUCAGCAGCUUCAGACUUUGACUUGUACCUAAUGCGUGUGGCCAAAGCCGAAUCAGCAAAGCAGGUGGAUGACAUCGUGAUUGAAUUCUUCCAUGACUUUAACACGAAAGCCAAUCGGCAGCGCCUGGCAGCACACUUCUACAAUGCACACAGGACAAAGCAGCUGCACUUGCUCGCUCCAUACUCCCGGAUGGCCGCCAUGAUGGGGCAGUACAUCAAAGACAUACCCCAGCAGCUCAUGUCUUGGCUUCAGCACGACCUUGAGCAGGUCAUAGGCGAUGCAAACCAGAACUUGCUGGAGCAGAAGGUCAAAGUCGUCAAGUAUUUGUGCGAGCUAUGCAAGUUCAAGAUAUGUCCUCCGGGUGUUGUGCUCGAUGUCUUCAAGACUCUCUGUGACGAUUUCAACCAGCAGAACGCUGAAUUGUGCGCUAACCUGCUGCAGUCCUGUGGCCGGUACCUGUUGUACAAGCCUGAGACAGCCAUGAGAACAGACAACUUGUUGGAGCGCAUGGCUCGCCUUGCAAAGGCAAAGUCUCUGCCGCUCAGGUUGGAGAUCAUGCUGGAAGAUGCUUUCUACCAGGUCAAGCCGCCGGAAGGCAAACGAAAGCAGAAGAAAGAGAAGGAUCCCUUGGAGCAAUUUGUAGAGCAUUUGAUCUUCGACCGCCUCUACAAAGAGGAGGAUGAGGAUCAGCUGCUCAAGCUUGCGCGCAAGCUGCCAUGGGAUGGUCCAGCUGUCGGAUGGCUGAAGAAAUGCUUGCUGGACUUAAAUCAUCACGCCAACUACGAGAAUUUAUCUUGUGUGGCCUCUCUGUUGAGUGGCCUGGCCAAGUACCGUGAUGCCUUCGUGAUAGACGUGAUCGAUUCUCUCUUGGAAAACAUCCAGGUGACUUUGGAGAGAAAUGACUUUCGGGAGAUGCCCUUAAGAGUUCGACAAGUGAAGCUUGUGGGUGAGCUGUACAACUACAGAUUGGUAGAUUCUGUCCUGGUUUUUGACUGCUUGUACCAGUUCAUCGGUUUCGGGGGGCCGACAUCGCAUCGAGCUGGACAAUUCAUCACUGCACAUAAGCUGGUGGAGAAGGGCUUGGCGAUGAGGAAGGGUGGUCUCGGAAGCAUCUCGGAAGAAGCGGAGGACAAUGAAGAUGCCGGACAGCUCCCAGAGAUACUUGCAGAUCCACAGCAUCCUCUCGAGGCUCCCUGGGAUUUCUUCAGGAUUAAAUUGGUCUGCGUUCUGCUUGAGACAUGUGGGCAUUACUUCGACCGCGGGGCUUCCAAGCAGAAGCUCGAUCGCUUCUUGACGUUCUUCAUACGCUAUGUCCACAGCAAGGGCGAGCUGCCGCAGCGCUUCAUGAACAUGGUCUACGACACCUUGGAGAGGCUUAGGCCAAAGCUGACCUAUCCAGAACUAAAGGCAGAUGCGAACGAGGCAGUGCUGCGACAACUUGACAAGGAGAAGGACGACGUCGAUGUUGGAGGUGGAAAUGCAGACGAUCAGGAUGACGAUGAGGAUGAGGAGGAUGAGAGCUCAGAUGAGGACGAGAGCGAAUCUGACGACGGCGAGGAAUCGUCUGAAGAGGAGUCUGAAGAGGAAGAUGACAGCGAGUCUGAUGAUGACGAAGCUGAGUACGACCGAGGAGAUCAUGAACAGCAGCAUGCUGCCGAGGAUGACUUUGACAAGGAGGUUCAGCAAAUGCUGAUCGAGUCCUUAGAGAAGGAGAGGAAUGCCCCUCGCGUACUGUCCGAGCUGCCGCCUCCGACAGUGAUUGCAAGAAAAACCGAGCAGCUUGCGGAGUCGCCACUCGGUCAGUUCAGCCUCUUGCAGAAGAAGACAGGUGGCAAAAUCUUGGCGAAGCAGCUGAGCAUCCCAGAUGAUUCGAAACUAUUGAGAGCACGGCAAGAGACUGUGGAAGAAGCUUCGCGGGAGCGUGAAGAUCUCAAGAGGUUUGUCAUGCAGUACGAGGAGACUGGAGCAGGUGAUGCCUCAGGUUCCGUGAUCCCCAUUACGGUACGGACAAGGGCUGGCAAGGGUGGCCGCAAAGGAGGCUCACGGUCUCGUGAUGGCGACUACCUCAAGGAAGAGCUGACUCCUGAAGAGUCCCGGGCAGAGCCGUCCGGCACCAUGAUGGGAGGGGGGAUCCUUGUCCGCUACGCCAGCAAGGGCAAAGGGAAGGCACUUCGCUUGCCGAGUCGAAUUCAGCUGAGACCAUCUAUGAAUGUUCAGGCAAGCAGCCUGUCCCUCGGUUGUUGGCAUGUGCUUGGCUCAUUAUAG